AUGAUGAACAAACUACUUUCACUAGUGAUUUGGCGGUUAUCGAAUGAAAAUAAACAGGAAAUGCUCAUUUUGAAUGGUAAAUGUUGGAGCUUAGCAAAAGAUAAAUAUAGAUUUCUUUAUGUGUCUCACGAUGUGAAGAAUGAAGUGAGAAGAUGGAAAAUUGGAGAAGAAAAAUUUGAUAAAGAAGGAACAUUAGUGGCUGGUGGAAAUGGAAAAGGAAAGAAUCUGAAUCAAUUGAAUUGGCCUCGUGGAGGUCUUAUUGAUGAUUUGGGUCGAGUUUAUGUUGCAGAUGGUUGA